AUGGACAUGGACAACAGCGUGGGGAUUGACCAUAGAGAAACAGAGAAGAAAACACAAGAUGCAAUCACAGAGAGAUGGUUCAAGAUCACAUUCCACUAUGUUCAACACUGGGCCCUGUUCUUUGUCCAGGGUGCUAGUGCUGCUUCUACAUUGAUGGAUGUCAGCUACAAAAUUUGUAAUGAGGAGAAUCUAAAGGUAUAUACCUACCUAGUCAAUGCUUUUGCUGUACCCUACUCUGUGCAGGAUAAGUUGCAGCCAAAAUAAAUAGAACAGCUAAAGCUGACUGUGAGCAAACAAUAUAAUGUCUCCCAGAAAGCUCUUGAUCUCCAGAGUCUACGCUAUGACCCAGGCUUCAUGUAUCUCUAUGUUAAUAUAAUUCUGAAUCAUAGAAACCACAUGACUGCCACCUUAGAGAUCAUCAAAUCUUCUUUCUCAAAACUGUUGUUCCUCAAUUUGUGCAAGAUCAAACUGUACCAUCUGGAUGGCCUGUCUUAUAUUGUACAGAUAGGCCCCAUAAUCAGGAUCCUGAACCUAUCCAAAAAUGAGCUUAAUUCCACCUGGGAGUUGGGGAAGAUCAAAGGCCUGAAGCUCAAAGAGCUGUGUCUGGAAGGGAACCCCUUGUGUGACACGUUCCCAGACCAACCCACCUACAUAAGGUCAGUGUGAAGCCCUGUCACCCUUCCUAGGUACCUUUGACU